AAGAAGAGGGAGUAAUUUUUAUUCCCAUGCCCUCAGUUUAGCUGAUCAGCGAACUAAGUGUCUCUUCAACUCCGGUAUCUAUUCCACUAGCCUGAUUUCCACCGGAACUUCGUCGGAGACGACUUUUGUUUGAUGAAUUUGUCAUCGUAUUGACUACAUAGUGCCUCACAAGCUCUCUCCUCGAUUUCCAUGGCUGUUUCGAGUUUGAGGCGGGUUGCAAAAUGCAUUGUACCAAGACCUAGGUCUCGGUGUUGUGAGAUAAAUCAUUGUCUAGGAAAAUCCCCGGUUGGAUUAUGGUCUGGUGCCAACAUAUUUUACUCACACUGCAAUGCUUCCCGGGGAGGGUUUUCAAUACAUAUGUUUCAAGAGAUCAAGUACUUAUUAUGGAAGAAUAAGGGGUUCAAAACUGUAGAUUUAUCAUCUACGAGCUGCAGACUUUCGUACCGUGCCCAAAUUGCAUGGAGAAGGCUUUUCCAAACGUAUUCUUAUAGUGGACCAAUGUUGCCCCCCAUAAGUAGGAUAGCACGUGCAAUGAGUCUUGCUUUGUCUCGGUCGAACCUGGUAGCUCCUGGUAUUCUGGCCUUCAUUAUUGGAGAGGUAACAUGGAACAAAACAAGUUUAGCACAUGCUGAAUACUUCCCUAUAAAAGACUCUCUCUACACGCAUGCACAAGGUGGGCAUGUUUCUGCAACUUCAUUUAUAUUUUCUCUUUUAGAGGGACUGGUACUAGUUCUGAGAGCCAUAUACUUGGCAAUUUUGUUUUCUCCUUGCAUGGUAAUGGCUCCUUUUGCUGAUUCUCUUGGCAUGGAGUUCAGGAGGUCAUGGCUUCGUAUUGUCCGGGUAACAUUAGAGAAGGCUGGCCCAGCAUUUAUCAAAUGGGGCCAAUGGGCUGCGGCAAGACCUGAUCUGUUCCCAAGUGAUCUAUGCCAAGAGCUUGCUGAACUUCACAGCAACGCACCGGCGCAUAGCUUUGCAUACACGAAAAAGGCUGUCGAGAAGGCAUUUGGCCGCAGGCUGACUGAGAUUUUUGAUAAAUUUGAUGAGGAACCUUUGGCAUCCGGCAGUGUAGCUCAAGUUCAUCAAGCUACCUUGACAUUCAGAUAUCCCCAACAACAAGUUAAGCCUAUGGUUGUUGCUGUAAAAGUUAGACAUCCAGGUGUUGGUGAAGUAAUCCAAAGAGAUUUUGUAUUGAUUAAUUUAUUUGCAAAAGUUUCAAAGUUCAUCCCUACAUUGAGAUGGUUGAGACUAGAUGAAAGCAUUCAACAAUUUGCUAUUUUCAUGAUGUCCCAAGUUGAUCUUGCCAGGGAGGCUGCCAACUUGAGUCGAUUUAUCUACAAUUUCCGGCACUGGAAGGACGUCUCUUUCCCAAAACCUCUUUAUCCUCUGGUACAUCCAGCUGUUUUGGUGGAAACUUAUGAACAUGGGGAAAGUAUCCUACAUUAUGUUGACAAGCUUGAAGGACAAGAACACAUUAAAACUGCCCUUGCUCAUAUUGGAACUCAUGCCCUCCUAAAGAUGCUCUUGGUAGACAAUUUCAUCCAUGCAGACAUGCAUCCAGGAAACAUUCUCGUCCGGGAAUUGCCAAGCAUAAUCUCAGCAAAGUCUUUGUUUAAACCAAGACCACAUGUUAUCUUCCUUGACGUAGGCAUGACUGCUGAACUUUCUAAAAGGGACCGAGACAAUUUAGUGGAAUUCUUCAAGGCUGUGGCACUUCGUGAUGGUCGUUGUGCUGCUGAGUGCACUCUGAGGUUAUCUAACAAACAGAGCUGCCCAUAUCCGGUGGCAUUCAUCACGGAAGUGGACAAUAUUUUCAAAAUAUGGGGAUCAGAUGAAAAGGAUCCCCUUCAUCCGGCUGAUUGCAUGCAACUCAUGCUCGAACAAGUUAGGCGUCACAAAGUCAAUAUUGAUAGCCAUAUUUGCACUGUGAUCGUAACCACCAUGGUGUUGGAGGGCUGGCAGCAGAAACUUGAUCCAGCGUAUGAUUCUUUACAAGCUUUGAAAGAAUUGCUUUUCAAAGUCGAUUUGGUGGAUUCUCUUACCUAUACAAUUGAAGGAGUAAUGGCCCCAUAGUUGCUGUCAACAAGAAACAAAUUUAACAAGAUUACUUCCCCCGAAAGGUACAUUAAAUAAGAGAAUACUGACUUAUUAAAGGAUACUGAGAGGGAGUGGAAAUAAGCUGAACUGAUUCCUAAAACCAAACUAUGUUUCAGCACUCUGUAUUACCGGUUGAUUCGAGGAUAUGUUUCUGAGUUUUCUAAGUAGGAACGACGGUGAUUGGUGCCUAUAGACAUUUCUUGGGAUUGAAUCUAGUCAUUUAAGUUAUACAGAAUGCUGUUUGAUUUCUGUAUCGACAAUAGCAGAAACUAACCAAACCAAUAAACAGGGGAAAAUCGAUAGGAAAUAUUUACCAUAGAA